AGUUAAGCCAACCCCGACUUUACUGCAUUUUCGACAUCACCUUCGUGGACCGGACCAGUGAUACCCAGAUACCCAUCACAACGUGCUUUGCGCUUCCUCUUCUCGGCGUGUAACAAUUGCGUACCCUAAUAAUUUCCUGGGCAAUCUCUGGCGGCACUACGACUGCGAUCUUCACAUUACUGCCCAAGCGGAGAGAGAGAUGACAUCGAUCGAAGUGUGAUAUCCGACAGCCUCAGAGCGAUUUUCAAACUGUCACAAUGGAAGCGGUUACGCCGCCUUUACAGUCGCCGAGCCCCGGGCCGAAUGGCGCUGGAAACGGCGCUGCGACCGCGACUUUUGCGGCCAUCGACCCGGUCCGCGUCGUCGACCAUAUCGCUGUCCUCCUCCAAGCAGCCCUUGGCGCGACCCGGACGGAGCUCGAGUCUCCCGGCAGUUUGCUAUCAAAGACCCGAUACCCGGACACUCUCCAACGGUGUACUCGCUUCGCCGUGGAUGCUCAAGUCGCCCUCUACAUACAGAAAGACCUGAUUCCGACGACUGAUUCGCUCGAGAAUGGAGAUAGUGAUGAUCAUGUGCCUUCCCACGUCUACACCAUCUCUUCUGAUUUCUCCUCGUCCACGACCACUGUUGCUUUCCUUGCACUCCUCAAGCGCCCACAGCCCCUCGACCCCAGCGUGCCGAUCACCUCUCAGAUUCAGAUGCUCAACCUGCCUGGCCCGGCAUCCCUCACUGCAACGGCCGGUGAGCAAGGCCCGACUGGAUCGCCCUACGAAAUCCUCCAGCUCUACCUACACAAUGGCUUGGCGCCAUACUUCGAUGCCAGUACCAAGAGUCAACAGAUGCUUAGCGGUGGGAGAGGGCGAACGGAUGUGGAUGCGAAGACGGGUAUUCCGGUCACUAAGAAGCGGUGGACAGAGCUCGAGCUCAGCCUGCUGCACCUGCAACAGAAUGUCGAGAUCCCGGAGGUGUCGCUGCCGUUUCACCCCAUCGUGCAGACAGCACUGGAUGAGGCGGCCGCCAGACAGUCGAAGCCGACGCUCGACCUCAUCCCGCCCGCCGUUUUGCAGGACAGCACGUUCCUCAACAAUUUGCAGGCCACCGUCAACAAUUGGAUCAAGUCCAUUCAGGUUAUCACCAAGAUGACUAGGGAUCCCACUACGGGAACGGCAACCCAGGAGAUCAACUUCUGGCUGUCGAUGGAAUCUGCGCUCGAGGGGAUAGAGAAUCAGCUCCGAAGCGAAGGUGUCAUGCUGACGCUUGAGGUCCUAAAACAUGCGAAGCGCUUCCAGGCUACCGUCAGCUUCACGGCUGAUACUGGCUUGAAGGAGGCUAUGGAAAAGGUGCAAAAGUACAAUCAGCUCAUGCGCGACUUUCCGCUCGACGAGCUGCUCUCGGCCACUACUCUGCUCAAAGUCAAAGACUCAAUCGGGCAGAUCUUUGGCCAUCUGAACAAGAAGCUGAGAAUAUGCCCGUACCCGAUCCGCCGCGCGCUCCCCUUGGUAGAGACCAUCUCGGGUGACUUGGACGAGGUGCUGCACCGCCUGCUACCGGGCACCGAAUUAGUAAAGCUCGAGUACCAGGACUUCCGCCGGGUGAUGAAAGAAGCCGAUGAUAUCUUCAGAACCUGGGACGAGAACAUCAAGGAGUUCACGAAUGUCGCGCGCGAGGUGACAAGACGCCGCAAUGAGAGGUUCAUACCGAUCAAGAUCACUCCCAGGCACGGUGAGCUGCAAGCCCGCUUGAAAUAUGUUAGCAACUUCCGCGACAACCAUGAGCAGCUGCAGCGGACCAUCAUCAACGUGCUGGGUCCCAAAGCGACUGUCAGCGGCGUUGCCGACGGCUCCGGCGCUAACGGGAUCGUCGUCGUUGAGGAGAUUGGCGAUGUCGACGCAGUGGAGGAGGUGAGACAGGCAUGGGAGGGGCUGAAGGAUGUUGACCUGCUUGAUGUCACUACUGAGGGCACGCAAAAGUGGGCGCGAGCCGAGAACAUCUACAACGAGCGCACCUCGCGGGUGGAGAACUCGAUCAUUGCGCGGCUCCGGGACCGGCUCGCAACGGCGAAGAACGCCAACGAGAUGUUCCGUGUCUUCUCCAAAUUCAACGCGCUCUUUGUGCGCCCCAAGAUCCGCGGUGCCAUUGCCGAGUACCAGACCCAGCUAAUCGACAACGUCAAGCAAGCCAUCACCGCGCUGCACGAGCGAUUCAAGCAGCAGUACGGCCACUCCGAGGCUCAUGCCAUGGCUCAGCUGCAUGACCUCCCUCCUGUGUCUGGCGCUAUCAUCUGGGCGCGCCAGAUUGAGCGGCAACUGGACGGAUACAUGAAGAAGGUCGAGGAUGUGCUAGGCGCUGACUGGACCCUGCAUGCCGAGGGCCAGAGGCUGCAGAGCGAGAGCGACCUGUUCCGCAAGAAGCUCGACACGCGUCCUAUCUUCGAGGCCUGGCUGCAUGACGUUCAGAGGAAGCAGAUCUCGAUCUCGGGUCUGCUCUUCAACAUCAACCGCAUCCGCUCCGCCGGCAACGCGCUAGAGCUGGCUGUCAACUUUGAUGCCCAGGUGAUUGCGCUGUUCAAGGAAACACGGAACUUGGUGUGGCUCAACUUCCCCGUCCCGCACUCGGUCAACAACGUGGCCAAGGAGGCCAAGCGUGUGUACCCGUAUGCCGUCAGCUUGAUGGAGAGCGUCAGAACGUUUGCGCAAACCAACCGGCAGAUCUCGGAGAUGUCAGAGGUUGCUGUGCUUCUCAGUGGCCACCGCGACGAGGUCUACAGUCUGAUCGCCAAGGGUAUCCCCUUGAGGUGGGAGUCCUUCGUCAACACCUACGAGGUACACUUCAACAAGUAUUCAGUGAACGGCGGCCUCAACGAAUAUGCCAAGAAUGGAGAGAGCAAGCACGUUAUGUUCAUCCGCGAAUUUGCGGCGUCAGUGUCUCUGCUGCAGUCCAAGACCAUCACGCUGGCCAACAUCCACGCCACGGUCCAGAAGGCGCUGACCGAACUCGAGAGGUGCCCCUACGAAGUAUCGGCGUUCGAGUCCCGCCUGGAGAUCAUCCAGAGCGCGGUCGACCAGCUGAACCUGGAGCAAUACGUCAACCUUGGCUACUGGGUGGAUGGCAUGAACAGGCAGAUCAAGGCGGUCCUUCUUGCUCGCCUGCACCAUGCGAUCCAGGCGUGGAUUGAGGCGUUCGAAGAUGAGAAUCUCGAGAGAUCGAAUGACCGCAAGCGGGCCCUGGAAGCCGCCGACGGCGCGAAGCAGGAUGUGCCGGUCAUCAAGAAGCUGAUCCACGAAAUCACGAUGCGCAAUCAGGUCAUCUACCUCGACCCGCCACUGGAGUUUGCCCGAGCGAGCUGGUUCUCGCAGCUUCAGGAUUGGAUUGGGGUCGUCUGCAACCUGAAGAAGAUCAAGGCGACUCGCUACCAGAUGUCUAUCAGCACGACGGUGUAUGAGGAGCCGCGCUUCAACGACCUCCCCAGCGAAUGCACCCAGGCCCUCCUGCGAGUGCAGACGUCGGUGGAGACCAAGAUCCGGGAGAUCGGCGCGUAUGUGGACAAAUGGCUUCAGUUCCAGUCGCUCUGGGACCUGCAAUCAGAGCACGUCUAUGAUGUUCUGGGCGACCAGCUGUCUAGAUGGCUGCAGCUGCUUCAGGAAAUCAGGAAGACGCGCCAGACUUUUGACACGACCGAGGUUAGCCGCUCAUUCGGCCACAUCACCAUCGACUACGACCAAGUCCAGACCAAGGUCAAUGCCAAGUAUGACCAGUGGCAGCACGACAUCCUCAUCAAGUUCGCCAGCCGCUUGGGUACACGCAUGCGCGAAGUCCAUGCCGAGAUCGAGAAGGCCCGCAGGGACAUCGAGGGCCAAGCGAUCGAGGCCAACUCGACUGCGCAGGCUGUCCAGUUCAUUACCACUGUUCAGACCUGCAAGCGCCAGGUGAAGCUCUGGGCGCCCGAGGUCGAAACAUUUAGACAGGGAGAGUCCACGCUUGUGAGACAGCGGUACCAGUUCCCCAACGACUGGCUGCACGUUGAGCAGGUGGAUGGCGCAUGGGAUGCCCUCAACGAGGCUCUCGCUCGCAAGGCCAAGAUCGUGCAGGACCAGACGGACGCCCUGCGUGCUAAGAUCAUCGCCGAGGACAAGGUCAUCCUUGACAAGAUCAACGAGAUUGCGCAGCUGUGGAACGAGGAGAAGCCUGUCUCGGGCACCAUCGCACCGGAUGUCGCUUCUGCCACGCUCAGCGACUUCGAAAUUAAGAUCACCAGGCUCCAGGAAGAAUCCGCCAUGGUCGUGAAAGCCAAGGAAGCGCUCGACCUGCCGGCAACCCCGGAGACGUCCCUGGGGGUCAUUCUGGAAGAGGUGCAGGACUUCAAGUCCGUGUGGGCGUCCCUCUCGACCAUCUGGAAUAACCUGAACGAGCUGCGCGAGAUCCUCUGGAACAGCGUCCAACCCAGGAAGAUCCGGUCGUCCAUCGACAACCUCAUCAAGAUGACCAAGGAGAUGCCGAGCAGGAUGCGCCAGUAUGCUGCCUUUGAGCAUAUCCAGGACGUGCUGCGGCAGCUCAUGAAGGUCAACCCCAUGCUCGCCGAGCUCAAGUCGGAGGCCGUCCGCGACCGGCACUGGACCAAGAUCUACAAGCAAAUCAAGCCCGGGAAGCGCUAUUCCCCGGUCUCCAUGACGCUCGGCGACGUCUGGGAUCUCAAUCUCGUGGCCACCGAGGUCAUCGUCAAGGACAUCAUCGUCCAGGCGCAGGGCGAGAUGGCGCUGGAGGAGUUCCUGAAGCAGGUGCGCGAGACCUGGACCGGCUACGGACUCGAGUUGGUCAACUACCAGAACAAGUGCCGUCUUAUUCGCGGCUGGGACGACCUCUUUGCCAAGUGCAGUGAGAAUCUCAACUCGCUGCAGGCCAUGAGACAUUCGCCGUACUACAAGGAGUUCGAGGAGGAGGCCUCUGCCUGGGAGGACAAGCUCAACCGCGUCCAUGUGCUCUUCGACGUGUGGAUCGAUGUCCAGCGCCAAUGGGUGUAUCUCGAGGGCGUGUUUACCGGCAAUGCCGACAUCAAGCACCUGCUCCCCAUCGAGUCGUCGCGCUUCCAGAACAUCAACAGCGAGUUCUCGGCCGUGAUGAAGAAGGUGUACAAGCAGCCCAACGUCUUGGACGUGCUGAACAUCCCGAACGUGCAGAAGUCGCUCGAGCGGCUGGCCGAGCUACUCAACAAGAUCCAGAAGGCUCUCGGCGAGUACCUCGAGAAGGAGCGUGUUUCCUUCCCGCGCUUCUACUUUGUGGGCGAUGAGGAUCUCCUCGAGAUGAUCGGCAACAGCAACGACACCAUGCGCAUUGCCAAGCACUUCAAGAAGAUGUUUGCUGGGUUGACCGGCUUGGUCAUGGACGAGGAGUCAGUCAUCACCGGAUUUACGUCGAAGGAGGGCGAGGUGGUUCGGCUCAAGAAGGAGAUCAACCUGAUCAAGACGCCCAGGAUCAACGACUGGCUUGCGCUGUUGGAGAACGGCAUGAAGGCGACGCUCGCCGAGCUCCUGGCCGAGGCGGUCGAGGAGUUUGGGCCCAUCUUUGCGAGCGACGCCAUCGACCGCGAGGCUCUCAACAGAUUCAUGGAGGCGUAUCCGAGUCAGAUUGUUGUGCUGGCUACCCAGGUCGUCUGGACCACGUCGGUCGACCAAGCGCUCGCCGACGGAGGCGCGAACCUGCAGUCCCUCUUUGACCGUGAGGUGCAGGUGCUGCGUCUGCUUGCGGAGACCGUCCUGGGGGACCUGGAGGUGCUGAUGCGCAAGAAGUGCGAGCAGCUCAUUACCGAGUGUGUGCAUCAGCGCGACACGAUCGAGAAGUUAAUUAAGGCCAACGCCCGCUCCAACACGCACUACCUCUGGCUGCUUCAGAUGCGCUACGUCUACGCCCCGGAGGGCGAUUUCCUGCAGCGGCUGCACAUCAAAAUGGCGAAUGCCAAGCUCAACUACGGCUUCGAGUACCUGGGCGUUCCCGACCGGCUCGUCCGCACGCCUCUCACAGAUCGCUGCUUCCUUACGCUCACGCAAGCUCUGUGCCAGCGUCUGGGCGGCUCGCCGUACGGUCCCGCCGGCACGGGCAAGACGGAGUCAGUCAAGGCUCUCGGUAUCCAGCUUGGCCGCUUCACUCUCGUCUUCUGCUGCGACGAUACAUUUGACUUCCAGGCCAUGGGACGCAUCUUCCUAGGUAUCUGCCAGGUGGGCGCUUGGGGCUGCUUCGACGAGUUCAACCGUCUCGAGGAGAGGAUCCUGUCGGCUGUGUCGCAGCAGAUCCAGAACAUCCAGCUCGGUCUGAAGCAAGGGGCCGAAGACGACAAGGCCCAGAUCGAGCUCGUCGGCCGCCAGCUGCGCGUCAACGCCAACACGGGCAUCUUCAUCACCAUGAACCCUGGCUACGCGGGCCGCUCCAACCUGCCCGACAAUCUGAAGAAGCUGUUCCGCAGCGUCGCCAUGUCGAAGCCCGACAAGGAACUCAUCGCCGAGGUCAUGCUCUACUCGCAGGGCUUCAACCAGGCCAAGCAGCUGUCCAAGCAUACAGUGCCCUUCUUUGACCAGUGCUCGGCCAAGCUGUCGAAGCAGGCCCACUACGACUUUGGUCUGCGUGCGCUCAAGAGCGUGCUGGUCAGCUCCGGCGGGCUCAAGCGUGCGCGCCUGACCAGCAGCGACGGCAACCUGGGCGCCGAGGAGGUGGUCGAGCCCGAGAUAAUCGUCCAGAGCAUCCGCGAGACCAUCGCGCCCAAGCUGAUCAAGUCGGACGUCGACAUCAUGAUGGCCAUCGAGGAGGACUGCUUCCCCGGCGUCAAGUAUGUGCCCGCCAACCUGGCCGCGCUCGAGGACGCGAUCCGCCGCCUGGCGGCCGAGAGGCAUCUGGUUGUCAACGAGCUCUGGAUGACCAAGGUCCUCCAGCUGUACCAGAUCCAGAAGAUCCACCACGGUGUCAUGAUGGUGGGCAACUCGGGUUCCGGCAAGUCUGCGGCGUGGAAUCUGCUGCUCGACGCGCUGCAGCAGGUCGAGAAUGUCGAGGGCGUGUCGCACGUCAUCGACAGCAAAGUCAUGUCCAAGGAGGCGCUCUACGGCAACCUGGACUCGACCACCAGAGAGUGGACCGAUGGUUUGUUUACCAGCAUUCUCCGCAAAAUUGUCGACAACUUGCGCGGCGAGGACACCAAGCGGCACUGGAUCGUUUUUGAUGGUGAUGUUGACCCUGAGUGGGUCGAGAACUUGAACAGCGUGCUCGACGACAACAAGCUGCUGACCCUGCCCAACGGCGAGCGUCUCAACCUGCCCGCCAACGUGCGCAUCAUGUUCGAGGUUGAGACGCUGAAGUAUGCCACGCUCGCCACUGUCAGUCGCUGCGGCAUGGUCUGGUUCAGCGAGGAUACUGUGACGCCAAGCAUGAUGGUUACCAACUACCUUGAGAAGCUGCGGUCUGUUGCCUUUGAGGAUCUCGAUGAGGAUGCGGUGGCAACCGGCCAGAGCUCGGCCAAGGCGCUCGAGGUGCAGGGCCAGGCCGCCGAUCUCCUCCAGGCGUAUCUCACGACGGACAACUUCAUCCUGUUGGCACUGCAGCAGGCCGAGGGCUUCAACCACAUCAUGGAGUUCACCGUCGCCCGCGUUCUCAACACGCUCUUCUCGCUCCUGAACAAGGCUGUUCGCAACAUCAUCGAAUACAACGCCCAGCACUCGGACUUUCCGCUCGACCCCGAGCAGAUCGAGGGCUACAUCGCGAAGAAGCUGCUUCUCGCCAUGGUGUGGGCCCUGACUGGCGACUGCCCACUGUCGGACCGCAAGCUGUUUGGCGACAAGGUUGCGGGCCUCGCCAGCUUUGGUUCGCCGCCGCUGGACGGCACGAGCUCGCUCAUUGACUUCGAUGUCUCGCUGCCAAGAGGCGAAUGGGAGCCGUGGCAGAACCAGGUGCCGACCAUCGAGGUCAACACGCACUCCGUCACGCAGACCGAUGUGGUCAUCCCGACCCUGGACACGGUCCGUCACGAGGAUGUUCUGUACUCGUGGCUUGCUGAGCACAAGCCGCUGCUCCUCUGCGGCCCCCCUGGUUCUGGCAAGACCAUGACGCUGUUCAGCGCCCUCCGCAAGCUGCCCAACAUGGAGGUGGUCGGCCUCAACUUUUCGAGUGCGACCACCCCGGACCUCCUCAUCAAAACCUUUGAGCAGUACUGCGAGUACAAGAAGACGCUCAAUGGCGUCAUGCUCUCGCCGACCCAGAUCGGCCGCUGGCUGGUCAUCUUCUGCGACGAGAUCAACCUGCCGGCCCCUGACAAGUACGGCACGCAGCGCGCCAUUUCUUUCCUCCGGCAGCUCGUCGAGCACAACGGCUUCUGGCGGACGUCGGACAAGUCUUGGGUCACGCUCGACAGGAUCCAGUUCGUCGGCGCCUGCAACCCGCCCACCGAUGCCGGCCGUACGCCCAUGGGCGCCCGCUUCCUCCGGCACGCACCGCUCAUCAUGGUCGACUACCCGGGCGAGCAGUCGCUUAUGCAGAUCUACGGCACCUUCAACUCGGCCGUGCUCAAGAUCAUCCCCUCGCUCCGCGGCUACGCCGAGCCGCUCACGCAGGCCAUGGUGCGCUUCUACCUCGAGUCGCAGCAGCGCUUCACGCCCAAGAUCCAGCCGCACUACGUCUACAGCCCGCGCGAGCUGACCCGGUGGGUGCGCGGCGUGUACGAGGCCAUCCGGCCGCUCGAGACGCUGUCGGUGGAAGGGCUCCUCCGCAUCUGGGCGCACGAGGCGCUCCGCCUCUUCCAGGACCGUCUCGUGGCCGAGGAGGAGCGCAAGUGGACUGACGAUGCCGUGCGCCGCAUCGCCAUGGAGUACUUCCCGACCGUCGACGAGGAUAAGGCGCUAGGUGGGCCGAUCCUCUUCUCCAACUGGCUCUCCAAGCACUACAUGCCCGUCGACCGCGAGCAGCUGCGCGACUUUGUCAAGGCGCGCCUCAAGACCUUCUGCGAGGAGGAGGUCGACGUGCCGCUUAUCCUGUUCAAUGACGUCCUGGAGCAUGUCUUGCGGAUCGACCGCGUCUUCCGCCAGCCGCAGGGCCACUUGAUCCUCAUCGGUGUGAGCGGUAGUGGCAAGACCACGCUGUCGCGUUUUGUGGCAUGGAUGAACGGCCUCAAGGUGUUCCAGAUCAAGGUGCACGGCAAGUACUCGGCCGAGGACUUUGACGAGGACCUGAGAGAGGUACUCCGCCGCUGCGGCUGCAAGGGGGAGAAGAUCUGCUUUAUCAUGGACGAGUCGAACGUGCUGGACUCUGGGUUCCUGGAGCGCAUGAAUACUCUGCUGGCGAACGCGGAGGUGCCCGGUCUCUUCGAAGGCGAUGAUCUCGCGGCGCUCAUGACCGCCUGCAAGGAGGGCGCGCAGCGGCAGGGCUUACUGCUGGAUUCGCAGGAGGAGCUCUACAAGUGGUUCACAGGCCAAAUUGUCAAGAAUCUGCACGUUGUCUUUACGAUGAAUCCGCCGGAGGAUGGGCUGUCGUCCAAGGCCGCGACGUCUCCUGCGCUCUUCAACCGUUGCGUGCUUAACUGGUUCGGCGACUGGUCUGAUCAAGCGCUGUUCCAGGUCGGACACGAGCUCACCCAUUCCGUGGAUCUGGACAGGCCCAACUGGAGCGCGCCCGAUACGCUGCCGGUGGCCUACCGCAGCCUCAACCUGCCGCCGUCGCACCGGGAAGCCGUCAUUAACUCGAUGGUGUACAUCCACUACUCGCUGCAGCGCUUCAAUGCCAAGCUUCUCAAGACGCAGGGCAAGGUCACCUUCCUCACGCCGCGGCACUUCCUGGACUUCGUGGCGCAGUAUGUCAAGCUGUACAACGAGAAGCGCGAGGAUCUCGAGGAGCAGCAGCGCCAUCUCAAUGUUGGUCUGGAGAAGCUCCGCGACACGGUCGAUAAGGUCCGCGACCUGCGCGCCAGCCUGGCCGAGAAGAAGGCGCAGCUCGAGCAGAAGGACGCCGAGGCCAACGAGAAGCUGCAGCGCAUGGUCGCCGACCAGCGCGAGGCCGAGCAGAGGAAGAACACGUCCCUCGAGAUCCAGGCCGCCCUCGAGAAGCAGGAAGCCGAGGUGGCGUCGCGCAAAAAGAUCGUGCUCGAGGAUCUAGCGCGUGCCGAGCCUGCCGUCGAGGAGGCCAAGGCUUCUGUUAGCAACAUCAAGCGGCAGCAUCUCACCGAAGUGCGGUCUAUGGGCGCGCCGCCGCAGGGCGUGCGUCUCGCGCUCGACUCGGUCUGCACGCUCAUCGGCCACAAGGUCAGCGACUGGAAGCAGAUCCAGGCGGUCGUUCGCCGGGACGACUUCAUUGCUAGCAUCAUCAACUUCAACAACGAGAAGCAGAUGACCAAGGCGCUGCGCCUCAAGAUGCGCAACGAGUUCCUCGCGAACCCUGAGUUCACCUUUGAGAAAGUCAACCGUGCUAGCAAGGCCUGCGGGCCGCUGGUCCAGUGGGUCGAGGCACAGGUAAACUACGCCGAGAUCUUGGAUCGCGUUGGUCCGCUGCGGGAGGAGGUACAGCUGCUCGAGGAGCAGGCGCUGCAGACCAAGGCCGAGGCCAGGGCGGUCGAGAAGACGAUCGAGAACCUCGAGGCCAGCAUCGCCACGUACAAGACAGAGUACGCGUCUCUCAUCAGCGAGACGCAGGCGAUCAAGGCCGAGAUGUCGCGCGUGCAGUUCAAGGUAGACCGCAGCGUCAAGUUGCUGGACAGCCUCUCGUCGGAGCGGACGCGCUGGGAGGAGGGCAGCAAGUCGUUCGAGACGCAGAUCAGCACGCUCGUGGGCGACGUGCUCGUUGCGGCUGCUUUUUUGGCGUACAGCGGUCUGUACGACCAGACGUUCAGAAAGGCGAUGCUGGAGGACUGGCUGCAUCAGUUGCAUCUCUCGGGCAUCCAGUUCAAGCAGCACAAUCCGGUUACGGAGUAUCUGUCGACGGCCGACGAGAGGCUCGGCUGGCAGGAGAACACGCUGCCGGUGGAUGAUUUGUGCACCGAGAACGCGAUUAUCCUCAAGCGCUUCAACCGCUACCCGCUCAUCAUCGACCCGUCGGGGCGCGUCACCGAGUUCCUGCAGCGCGAGUGCAAGGACCGCCGGCUUACUGUUACUAGCUUUUUGGAUGAUUCGUUCACCAAGCAGCUCGAGAGCUCGCUCCGCUUCGGCAAUCCCAUCCUCAUCCAGGACGCGGAGCACCUCGACCCGGUGCUCAACCACGUGCUCAACAAGGAGUACCAGAAGACGGGCGGCCGCGUGCUCAUCCAGCUCGGCAAGCAGCAGAUCGACUUCUCGCCAUCUUUCAGGCUGUAUCUGUCGACGCGCGACCCGUCGGCUACUUUCGCACCCGACAUCUGCAGCCGCACGACCUUUGUCAAUUUCACGGUUACGCAGAGCAGCUUGCAGACGCAGUCGCUGGCCGAGGUGCUCAAGUCGGAGCGCCCGGACGUGGACGAGCGGCGGUCGAAUCUGAUCAAGCUGCAGGGCGAGUUCAAGGUGCAUCUGCGGCAGCUCGAGAAGCGGCUCCUGCAGGCGCUGAAUGAGUCGCGCGGCAAUAUCCUGGACGAUGACAAUGUUAUUGAGACGCUGGAGACGCUCAAGACGGAGGCGGCUGAGAUCUCGGCCAAGAUGAGUAACACCGAGGGUGUCAUGGCCGAGGUCGACGAGAUCACGCUGCAGUAUAAUGUCAUUGCCCGGUCGUGCAGCGCCGUGUUCGCCGUGCUGGAGCAGCUGCAUUAUCUGAACCACUUCUACCAGUUCUCGCUGCAGUACUUCCUGGAUAUCUUCCACUCGGUCCUGCACGGCAAUCCACACUUGGCGGGCGAGACAAACCACAACGCCCGUCGCGACAUCAUUGUCAAGGAUCUGUUCGUGACCACCUUCAAGCGCACCGCGCUGGGCCUGCUGCAGAAGGAUCGCGUCACGCUGGCCAUGCUCCUGGCCCAGGCGUCGCCGUACAAGAUGGACAAGGGCCUGCUGGAUGUGGUGCUGGACGAAAAAGUCGAGGGUAAAGAUGUGUCGUCGGAUGUCGCGGCCAAGGACGAGACACUUGUGCGCGCCAAGCGGAUUACUGCGCUUAAAGACAAGCUCGAUGGUGUUGCGGAGGCCGACUGGGAUAAGUUCUUCACCGAGGAGCUGGCCGAGAACUAUGUGCCCAAGAUCUGGGACGACAGCAGCACCGCGCCCGCCGACCAGGCGCUCUACUCGCUGCUGCUGGUCAAGCUCUUCCGCCUCGACCGGUUCGUGCCUGCCGCAGAGCGGUUUGUUACCUUGGUCUUUGGGUCCGAUUUGUUUGACAUCGUCGAGGACCUCAAGCAGACCGUCGACCAGGUCAGCGCCACCCGCCCGAUCGCGCUGGUGUCCUCCCCCGGGUUUGAUGCCUCGUACAAGGUCGACGGUCUCGUCGAGCGCAUGCGCGUGCGCUGCACCAACAUCGCCAUGGGCUCCAACGAGGGGCUUGCGAGCGCGGACAAGGCCGUCGCCAACGCCGCCCAGACCGGGUCGUGGGUGCUGGUCAAGAAUGUCCACCUCGCCCCGACCUGGCUGCAGUCCCUCGAGAAGCGUAUGGAGUCGCUCAACCCGGCCAAGGACUUCAGGCUGUUCUUGAGCAUGGAGUCGUCGCCUAAGAUACCCGUCAACUUGCUGAGGGCCUCGAGGGUGCUCAUGUACGAGCAGCCGGCCGGCGUGAGGGCCAAUAUGAAGGACUCUAUGUCCAGCCUGUCGACGAGGGCUGUCAAGAGCCCUGUUGAGAGGACGCGGCUGUACCUGUUGUUGAGCUUCUUGCAUGCCGUUGUGCAGGAGCGGUUGCGGUAUGCGCCGAAUCUGGGGUGGAAGGGGUUCUGGGAGUUUAAUGAUGCCGACUAUGAGUGCUCCGCCUUCGUGAUCGACACGUGGGUCGAAUACGUCGCGCAGAACCGCACCAACAUCGCGCCCGCCAACAUUCCCUGGGACAUGAUCCGCUAUCUGGUCACGGAGACGUACGGUGGCAAGAUCGACGACGAGGGCGACUUCAAGGUGCUCAGCCAGCUGGUGCAUGCCUUCCUGACGCCCGCGGCGUUCGAUAUCGGCCAUAAGCUUGUUGCUUCUUCUUCUUCUUCGUCUCCUGAGUCUGGCGAGCAUGGGAUAGGGGCAGCGGUGGCGGGAGAACAGUGCCUGGAGGUACCCGCCGGCACGUCGCUGCAGGAGUUCAUGGGCUGGAUCCAGCGGCUUCCCGAGCGCGAGCCGCCUACGUAUCUGGGGCUGCCGGCCAACGCGGAGAAGUUGUUGCUUGUCGGGCUGGGCAGGAGUCUGAUUGGGAACCUGAAGAAGGUUGUGGAUUUGCUGGAUGAGGGGGAGGCUUUGGUCACUGAGGCGGCUUUGGUUUGAUCUCUUGGUUGGUAUCUCCUGUCCUAAGGGGAUGGGGUUCAUGGGGGAGGAGGGUUGGUGUCGGUUGUCGGUGAGACACUGUUAGGGAUUGUAUUGUGUUGAGUCUGUGAGGUUAUUGUUGGGAGGAGGGUUGAUAAUGGAGGGAAGGGCAUAGAUUCGGUAUAUUAAGACGAGCUUGAUGGGGUGUUGUUUUGUACAUUUUCUUCUUACAUGUUAUGGUGUCGGUUUAACUAUUACAUCUCUACCUUAGAGGGUAAGCGGAGAUAUACAUGGUUCAUCAACCUUGGUUGCUGCUUCUCGAUCGGAUACCUUAAUGUAUCAAAUACUCCCUCCCUCUCCUUCUCCCGUCUGUCUUGAACUCCUAAUCAGAUGCUGUCUCUUCUGAAAGAACUAGGC